CACAGUGUUUAGAUUUUACUGCACAGUGAACAUGAUCCACGCAUUCUGCAUUUUAUUUGUCUUCCUGCAGCUCUCCCUCACUGGGGCUUCUGAGAGUGGCAUAGUGGGGGGGAAUGUUGCGAAGCCUCAUUCCCGACCCUACAUGGCAUCUCUCCAGUUUCAGGGAAAACACUCAUGUGGCGGGGUCCUUAUUCGAGAGGACUUUGUUCUGACUGCAGCACACUGCGAUAAUGAGCAGACCAUGACGGCGGUCCUUGGAGCACAGAACAUCAAAAAGAAAGAGGAAAGUCAGCAAAGGAUAGAAGUGGCUAAGCGCCAUCCACAUCCAAAAUUCAAAAAGGACGGACACCAAUAUGAUAUCAUGUUACUCGAGUUAAAAAACAAUGCCACACUGAAUACUGAUGUCAAGAUCAUCGGACUGCCAAAGAGUGAUAAGAACCUCCACGCAAGAGUUAAAUGUGAGGUUGCUGGCUGGGGCCGAACUGGACAAAAACAGCCUAUCUCAGAUGUCCUGAGGGAGAAUACGGAGUUCAUACAAUUCAGCCCUGAGUGCAAGUACAUAUGGCAAGAAUACUUUAAUUCUAGUCAAAUGAUAUGCACCAAAUUUGACAAAAAGAAGGGAGGGGUUUGUCUGGGGGAUUCCGGUGGACCGCUUAUCUGCAAAGGAGAGCUUCGGGGUCUUACAGCUUUCAUCGAUAAAUGUGAUUGUAAUGAUCCAAAGUAUCCCCAUGUCUUCACUCAAGUGAAAUCCUUUCUCCCCUGGAUCAAGGAAGUGAUGAAGAAAUAACAGCAUGUAGCAUGAGGCACAAUUCAGAGGCCAAGAAAAUGUUCCUUUUUUUAGUUACUUAAUAUAUUGGCAUAGUAAAACAACACAUUUCAGAAUGACUGGUCUCAUCUUAUUUAAAACACAAAUAACAAACUUAAUAGGCAAAUAAUGUGUCCAAUAGAUUUAACUUGUUGUAGAUAUUAUUGUGAUGAAGAAAUUGUUUUUUAUUCCUAGCUAAUAAACUGUGACCAUGUCAAAAAAAUAUGUGAUUUGUUUACCUUUUUUUGUGUAGUUGAACAAGGUUUUGCAUGUGAAAACAAUUGUACAAAUAAAAUGUGAAAUACCAUUUUUUUUGGAUUGAACUCAAAAUCUCACAGUACAUUUAUGUAAUUGUACAUGUUUGUCAACUAUGUACAUAUUAAUCUUGACUAUACUAAUAAUUAUUCUGUUCUGUCGUAAUUUGUGUUGUUGUUGCAGCAUCCGUUUAAGACUUUACACAAGAGCAGUUGAAACAGUGUUCAGAAGGCGGGGGCGAUACAGAAAGCAUGUCAAUGAGUGUGAUGGUUUACUUGUGGUGUGAAAGUCAAACCACAGAAAACUGCUGGUUGUCACGGCUUGUCAGUCAUAGUGCAAACUUCUGAAGUUUUCUGUGAAAUAUCUCUUCUCUAUUACCUGUUAGGAGAGUGAGGGGCUCAAGUUUUAAUAGAUACAACAUUCACAUACUCAUUUGUACUUUGAAAGAGAGAACUUUGUACUAAAAAGACUUAUGUUUGAUGUCUUGACUGUCAUAAUAAAAUGAACCUCAAC